AUGAUGCGCGCUCGUGAGUGCGACAUCGCAGUGGUAACGUCUUCCAAGCACUUCUUCGUGCCUAGCACGCCCGAAGAUAUUGCUGCGUACCGGGUCAACGAUAAUCGACGAUUGGAAGGUCUUAUCGAGGAUGUUAAUGAUGUCGCAAAAGAUAUGGGCUUCUCUCCGACUACCAUUAACGGCAUCACGGACGGAUUGACUACCUGCGUUGAUCAUCAGCAUCUAUGGGUAAACGCGACAUAUGAACAGCUCGCUGUCGUGAUCUUGUACCUGAGCGCCGUACAGGCCGGUAUCGAACAGCAUGGCAUCAAGCAGCUACUUCCAGCAGUGUCAAACCUGCUCAUCAAUACCAGCGCAAGGUUCGCCAUUGCCGUCUUCAUGCAAACAUUCGCAAAGACAUAUCCUGCCUAUCAAAAGGACUCAAAAGAUAUUGCUCGGCUACAGUCGAAGCUAUGGCGUCUGGUACUGGACCGCUGUCUCUUCCCGUCUGAGUUCAUCGCUGCGAACUGGCGACACGUCGUAACAUCAUGCAUAUAUGCGGUGACUACAGUCAACGAAGUCUAUCUUGAUACCGAGGAGAUUAGCGCCGCGAUAGGUACACGUAGCCCUAGCAUUGAUGGCGAGGAAGUGAACACGUACCUGCUCUCCACUAUUGUGGACAAUAAAGCCUACCAAGUCAAGACUAUGGCUACAAAAGCGCGGUGCCAACGAUGGGGCAUGUAG